CCGGGCUGCCCGGCCCGCUGCCUGCGCCCGCGGGUGGGCGGGGGCCUCCGUGGCGCGGGCGCCGGCUGCCCGCGCGGGGACAGUCGGGCCUGAGGGAGGGCCCUCCGUGACCUUGUGUCGCGUUGUCAAGGACGACGGGACGUGCGCGCGGGCCCUGGGCCCUGGCCCGCCAGCUGGGCCUCACUUCGUGCAUCCCCUAAAUGGGGCCGACGCCCGCACACACCCGGCUGUGAAAGGUGGCGCCGGGGCGGAAGCAGUGCACGUCCCCGGGGCUUGACGAGUUUGGGGCCGCCGGCUCUACCGAGGCGGGCGGAGGAAGAGAUGGGGUGGGUUUCACUCCAAAACGUGAACUCAGGGGCCGCCCCACCGGCAGGACUGGGCAUAUUCAUUCUUUGCCUCCCGCCUUGCUGGAGGUGAGGCUGAAGUUGAGACCGCAACUCCUUUUAUUUUAAUUAAGAAAAAAAAAAUUCUUUUUUUUUUGAAUUGAAGUGUGGUUGACACACAAAGUUCCAGGCAUGGAACGUAGUGAUUCAGCGGCGCCGCACCUCGUGCUGCGCUUGCUCGCUGCGAGCUACCCUAGACACCCACGGCGCCACUCCUUCUCGGCCUGUGACUGUCGUCGCUGUGCCGUGCUUUUCCCGUCGCUGUGCGGUACUUUUCCUGCCCACGUCAACGCCCCCUUCUCGCCGAGUGCCAUGGCUCACAACGUGCCCGGGCGGCUCCCCAAGUGAUUCGGAGGCUCACCGACACAAUCCUGCGGAAACGGAGGUGCUCGAGAGCCUGAUGAGAGACUCAAACGCCUGAACCUUGAGAUCAUGACCUGAGCCAAAAUCAAGAGUCAUACGCUCAGCCGACUGAGCCACCCAGGCGCCCCGGGAUGAUGGGAUUUUUUUUUUUUUUUUAACCAAUUUUAUAAACCUUCUUACAAGGUACCUUAAUUUUUGAAGCUCUAAAAAUAGGAGUAUUGAGGAGCCAGACAGUCCUGCAGAUGCUGGGUGUUGUCUGAAAGCUAUUACUGUUUUAGUGUUCAGGCCUCAGGAACAAGUGUGCCCACCCCCAGCAGGCACAGACCUGUACAGACCCCGUUUGGAACAAGGGCAGCUGCAGUGUGGAGACUCUGGCUGCAGCUUCAGAGGCAGUAACGCUCCCUGGCUUUUGGAGGCAUCAAAAUGUUCAAAUUCAGAGAAACAACUAAUGGCCUGGUGGGACCUGAUCAGGGUUUUGCGCGUCUCUCUCUCUUUUUUAAUGUUUAUUUUUGAGAGAGAGAGAGAGGUGCGGAGUGCGAGUGGGGGAGGAGAAGAGAGGGAGACACAGAAUCCAAAGUGGGCUCCAGGCUCUGAGCUGUCAGCACAGAGCCAGAGGCGGGGCUUGAACUCACGAACCAUGAGAUCAUGACCUGGGCCGAGGUCGAACACUUAACCAACGGAGCCACCCAGGCAUCCUGCGCAUCUCCUAAAGUCCUUUGUAGGACUUGACACCAACUCGGCAUGGUUCAGAACUCAGAAACAUAACCUUUUGCUGAUUCACUCGACAGCCGUCUCGGUGUAUUUAAUGAACGUCAACCCUCUGCUAACUCCAGAUACCUGCCCACCGCAGUGCAAGAUCUGGUGAGAACCUAGGCCCCGACGCCCACUUGUACACAUGCUGACUGUGGGAUCUGGUCAGAAGCAAGACCUGUGGCCCUUUGUGGAGGCAGGUAUAGCCACUUAGGACCUGGCCUGGAACUAACUAGAACAUUUCUGAUUUCACUGGGUGACUCUGAGGCUUUUUCUCCAAAUCAUUUCUUCUGUUUGUCAGUGUCCACUUUUAAUUCCACCAUCAAAGACAUUGGAAAUGUCACAAGUUGAUGCCACAGAUCCCCCAAACUUUCAGGAGUGACUGGACCGAAGGCCUUUGUCCCUUUUCAUGCCUUAUGGCAAUGGCAUUUGGUCCAGGCCCCUGCCCUUGGCAAUCCCGUGAACAUGGUCUGUGCCCCACCUAGUGGCUCCCAGCCUCCCUGUCCAGCAUUGACAAUGUAAGAAAGCUGAGUCCGAACAACCACAAAGUGUCACUGCUGGGGUCUUUUCUGAGCACGUCUGGCUCAGGGGAAGCCAGGGUGAAGGAGGCAGCCACCUCUCCCACCGCAUGUAUUCCUGGAAACUUCCACUGGGGGAUACCACUUGGAGAACUAGCCUCGAGGGCAUGUUUGGAAAGAUGCCUUCUGUCCUGGCAAAGCACUCUGGUCACAUUUUUCCCCCAAUUUGUAGAUGAGGUCAUUGUAGGCACUGGAAUAAAAAAUGUCCACCCAAACUCAAUCCGUGGCGUCCAUGGCUUGCAAAUUAAAAAUUAGUUUGGCGCGAGAGACCCUCGAGCGUGGAGAAGCCACUUUGUUCUGUGCACGGUUGGGCGCGUGUGUGCAUGCGGGCUCAGGUGAUGGCCCUGUAGUUCCUCGAGCCACCACUAUCACCUUGACCCGUGUAGCGAGCAGAAAGGCUGCCUGGGGAGGCCUUGCCUGCCUGCGGCCCCUUCCUCUGCUCAGCACGGCUUCCUGGUGGCUGCGGGGCCCCUCUCGAUGUCUGCUCUGUGCCAGUGAGGCUCUGCCCCCUUCAGGACCCUUGGCCUGGCUGGGUGCCAGGGAGCCCCACUCCAGCCAGAAGCCCAGGCCCGGUGGGAUCCUGAGCAGCACCUGGCAUCAGGCCUGCGGAGCCCCUCACCAAGACUGCAUCUCUGCAGGUUUGAAGCGGGUCCCCUCCGUCAGGAUUCUCCGGUCCAGUGGGGUAUGGGAGGGCAGGGUGGAAACGCCGCCAGGCACAGGUCAGAGGGGGCCAUGGUCUCAGCGUCAGCCAGGUGUCUCCGGAGUGUUGGGUGUUUGGGAAACGGGAAGGAUGGGACUGACCCCAGCACUUGCUCCACGUGGCACACAAGCGUUUUCCCAUCGCCUGGAAGUCGCCUGGGGGAGCAGGGCACUCCUGCUUCUGGGGCAGAGCAAGAGGGAUGGCGCCCCCUCAGGUGUCCUCACAGUCUGUCUGCACUUUGUACGAUGCGCUUCACGGUCAGGACGUCUUCCUGUGCCUCUUUGCCCUGGGCUCCGCCUUAACUCCUGUCCUGUUCAGGGGACCUGGGGCUGCCAGUGGUCCCACCAGGUACUUAUUCAGGGGGUUGAGGACAAAGGGGACAGAAGAUGCCAGCUGGGAACAAAUGCUGUGAAGGAGGCCUAAGAACCAUUUGACCAAACCCCCUUUCCCUACACCCAUAUUUAUCGUGAAUAUUGAAACUAAAGCAGUUGUGGGAGGCCUGGCUGGCUUGUCUGUGGACUAUGCAGCUCUUGGGGUUGUGGGUUCGAGCCUCACAUGGGGUGUAGAGAUUACUUUAAAAAAGUCUUUAAGAAGGGGCACCUGAGUGGCUCAGUCAGUUGGGUGGCCAACUUCGGCUCACAUCAUGAUC